CGAUACAUGUCUAAGCACAAAGCAGACCUUUCUCAGACUGCUCUGCCAGCUAAGUCUUUAAAAGGUCAUGAACUUUGACCUUGACCCAUCCACAGCUAUGAAGUUUACCAUCUUACCAAGAAUCAGCUUGCCUUGAAUGCAAAUCUCUCCUCCUCCCUCAAGUUCCUCCACUAGACACAACAGUAUCUGACUUCAGAUUCUUGUGUUUUCAGAGGUAUUGUAGCUGAAUUUGAUUUGUUAUUUUCUACAAUAAUAAGAUUAAAUAUGUAUGACAAACAAAUGUUAGAGAUGACAACAAAUGAUAGAUUGAGAAUGAGAUGCAUUUUCAUUAUCGUAACCAUGUCUGCACCAUGCAGAGAAUAGUUUGUUCAGAAUCUGGCCUUGAAACUCAACCGGAAAGCUUUCAACUGCCCACAGACCUGCAAACAAGAACUGCAUAAAAUGCCCCUGUAGGCCUCUCAGCGGGUCCCUUUAUAUACUUGCUCAGUAUGCAAAUCUCCCGUUUAGAUUGUAUUGCACUGACUAACGGUCGUUCCUCCUCCUGUGCUUAUUAUGUUUUAAACUAUCAGGCCUGAUGAGUGUCAUCUAUCAAGUCUAUCAAGUGUUCAGAAUCGCUUGGCAACGCAGCACCACUAUGCUAAGGCCGAUUUAAAAGCGCGACGGCGUCCUCACCUCCAGCUCUCUCGGGCCCCCGCUUUGUGUUCAGUCACAAUGCGCGUUACCCAGCGACCGUUAAAACCGUUUGAGUACAGCGCGAGGGGCUGGACCCUCACUAAAGUGUCACCGAUGCUUUAAACUGUUGUCAAACUGUCUUUGAGCCCCAAACGGACUGGUAUAAAAUGUAAAGAAUGGCGUUUUUGGGUCACAAAAUUUGACGCUGGAUCUAAGCAAAACAAUUAAUGCAUACUGGAUUUUCAGCGUCUAAAACAAUGGCAGGAUUGUUGCCCUGAUAGGAAUACUGUCCUUCUGGAUGUGGCCUUCAAAUUUUUAUAUAAAAAGACACUCUGAGCCUAUGAAGAAUUUUCCACAAGAUAGGAACAAAAGAAGCAUCCUGACUUUGUCCAAAAGCCUGUCUCUCUGUUGUUCGGGAGGACGCGGUGGGACCAACAUGUCUGCCAAAGCCCCCAUAUACCUUAAACGCCGAAGCCGCAAAGGAAAGAAGGAAAAGUUACGUGACCUUCUUUCGUCGGACAUGAUCAGCCCUCCGCUGGGAGACUUCAGACACACCAUCCACAUUGGCAGUGGCGGGGGCGCAGACGAUCUUUUCGGUGACCUGUCGUUCCUACAAGGUAAAUUUCACCUGUUACCAGGUCAAGAAGGUCACCAGGGGUCAUUCCAACUAAGUCGCACAGCGAGUGUAAGCAGUCACCCGCCGGCCUACGAGAGCUCGCCGCUUUUGAAAAAUGCCUUGUCACUUCCUAUCAUUGGAGGGGUGCAGGCGCUCACCCUUCCGGCCCCCACAGCUCCUCUGACUUCAGCAGCAACAGCGGUCACUGAGGUCCCAACAGCACUGUCAACGACCCAAUCACCCCCAACAUCUCCAUCUCUCGCUCCACCUCCCAAACCUCCCAGACUGCACCUGGAAGAGAGGAGUGUGUCACGGCAUACGUCACUGCCUGCAUCUCCGAACCGCUCUCCACAUCAUUUGCACACACACAAACAAAGUCCUGAUCCUGAGGAAAAUGAAAAGUGUGUGAAGGAUGGUGAUCAGGAGGAAAAGCCGUAUCUGUCCAACGCUGGCUCUAUGCUUUCCCUCCAUCUGGACUUGGGGCCAUCGAUCCUAGAGGAUGUGCUUCAGAUCAUGGACAACCAGAGAACAGGGACAUUCAGUGGGCGACUUACACCCAGUGGACGACAACAGAUAUAUACCUGAAAGUGAACAAGAGGUCCAUGUCAAAGCCUGAUGGUACAUAAAUGACGUUUUUCUUCAUGUAUUAAAACAGUUUGCCCUCUGAGAAAACUCAUUUACCUGUUGUACAGUUGCAAAUUGUAUGCUCAUCAUACAUAUAAUCUUUGGAGAAGACCUUUGGAAGCUCUAGGAUUGGGGCCAAUUCAAACUGAAUGUUCUAUUGUUGGAUUUCUCUGGGUUCAAAUGGAAUUCAUUUCUCUUCAUUCUGGCUACUCUUAGAUACAUUUUGAAACAUCUGAAAGCAUUUAAGCAAGCGCAUGUAGAACUACCUGCAUUGUGUAUGAACUAUUACAGAGCAACUCUACAGGAAAAGAAAAACUGACAUUUUUCUCUUUCAAAGGAGCAAUGACAUCAUCUCCCCCUCUGUGUUGUUGCAAUUUGUGUAAUCGGGUAAAAAUGCGCAGCUCCUCCCUAAUGAUCUGGACACACACACAUGCCAGGAGGCCUCUGCAUCUACACCCUGGGUUUCUAACUUUCUCUUUUUGUUGGGAGUAGUUUUCAUUGUUCCGAAACAGAAACCCGAAGGCUGUUUUUUUCACGGAGCAGAAUAUGGAAUGUUUUUAUUUCAUAAAAUACCCUUUUUUUCUGUGUUUGGUUAUUGUUGCGGUCUCUGCAAUCCCUCAGGCUUUGACAGAUGAUCACUUUUCUUUGGCAGCAGUGUUUUUUUCUUUCUCUGAAUUGAGUGGUGGGCCUUAAGGAAGGGUUUGUGUUAUCUUGGUAACCCCCAUGUAACUCACCCCGCAUGGGUUAAUAAUGCUCUGUGCUUCCUGUUCACAGAUUAAGACCUAUUAGUGUUAGUAUUAUUUUGUCAGAUUAUAAUUUAAAAUAAAUAACUUUUAACCUUUUUUAUUAACUUACCACAAAGUAUAUCAAACAUAUAAGAACAUAGGUCAACAAUGAGAGCUUAAAAGGGCAAACAUUAGCAGAAUUAGUCACACUGCAAUCAACUUUAUGUGAUGCUACCUUUGCACUGUAACAGCAAUAAAUCUACUGUAUUGAUUUACACUAAUCAGUUCUCAUAUUUAAACAAAAACUAUUUGAGAUUUGAAUCUUUCUCAUUUUUUCCUCUUCUCAAAAGCUUUGUUCCAAGUAGCAAGUGUUUAGAUUCUUUGUUCCUUAUUUAUUUUUCUUUGUUCUUACAAUUGAAUUGUCUUACAGUUUAAUCCUUACAUUGUGAAUUUCAUUCUAAAGCUGAAUCUAUAUCCAAAAUCACAGUUCUGUGCACUUCAUUUCAUUUUUGAUAUACAUCUGAUCUAAAAGCAGAUUAAAUGCACAGACAGAUUAAAUCAUAUGGUAUACCUUUCCAUUUGGCUGUGUACUUAUUUUUGUAAGAAUAACAACUAAUUUCAUUACACUAACUAUUAUCAUACUGAACAGGGACCUAAAUGUUAGACAUAGAAUAAAUAGAUAUUAUCACUAAUCAUAAUUCUUAGUGUUUAUUUUGAAUUUUCUUAUACUACAUAAACCAGAAAUUUGUGACCUAAAAUUUCUCAUAGCCACUUUUCUGCUCAAAUAAUUUGAAAGAGACAAUAGACAAUGUUAAAUAUGAAAAUAUCUUCACUUUUUUUUUUAAAUUAGCUUAGGACAACAUACAGUAUAAAGCUCAUAUAAACCAUUGUAUUUAAUUAAGGGUGAUCAGGGUUACUGAGGAUCUUAUGAUUUUCCAUUACAACAAAACAACAACAAAAAGUAAAUAAGAGCACAAUACAUUUCAAAGUUCAGACCAACAAUAAACAAUUUGGUAAAUAUAGAUGGGUAUUUGUAAGUAUAAAUAGGGAGAUGCAUUGCUAAAAAAACGCAUUUUAAUAAGCAUCUGGGUCAAUAUCACCAUAUCACAAUUCUCAAAUUUUUGGUUUUAAUUUUCAAUUCACUUUAUGUCAUGUCAUAAAUAGUAGACACUCAAGUACUAUAGAAACAUAUUAGCUGAUCUUCCACACAUUUUUAUUUUUUAUUUUUAGAUAAUUAUGGGCCAUUAUUCGAAGCAUAAACCAUAAGAUAUGUCCACCCUGUCAUGGACAUAUAUAUUACUGUUUAAUAUAUUUUCAUUGCAAAAUUAAAAUGCUAAUUAUAUAUUCUUAUAGGUGUGAUGUCCCUUUCCUAAACAGAGUUUUUUGUUUGCUUUCAAAUUAUAAAUACAUAAAAGAUUUUAUGUAAACCACAUGUUUUUAAAAAAACUCAUACAAAUCGCACCUGUAUUUUUUCUUAUUUGGAGAAAACUGUGAUAUUAGGAUGCAUGUUAUUGCCCCCACACCUAGCUAUUGAACACACUGGAUUAUAUAGAUAUGAUUGAAUUAUUAUUUAAAAUAUUAAAAUAUCAAGAUGACAGGGUGGACCAGCACAUGACUGGGUGGACACAAUGCAGAACACACAAAUCAUGACAAAAUAUGACAGUGAAACAUUAAUUACCCCCCCACCCCAAAAAUCAUAUAAGAUUUUAGCAAUAUUAACUACAAGUGAAUGCUGUGUCCACCCUGUCAUGUGUAUGUCCACUCUAUGGAGUCUAAGUGGCUGACAGGGUGGAUAUUUUGUAACAACAACUGGGUGGACAUUUUGAGCUUCAAUUAGCAUAUUAGCUAAAAACUGACUAGCUGAAUAGUUAGUCUGCUUGGUAAAGAGAAUUUGGCAGGGGCGUCGCUAAGCACUUUUUAGGGGGGCUUCAGUUCAGAUUAGCUCUACAAAAAUAAUAAUUCUGAUUAGCUCUACAAAAAAUUAGAGCUAAUUAUUCCCCUUGAAAACGUUUAAAAUUGAAGUUUGGGCUCCUCUUCCCCGUUUUUUGUCUGCAUUUAGCACAAGCAUGUUUUUUAGUCCAAAUAAGUGAAAAAUACUUUAUGGUUUAUGGUAUACUUUAUCAUGGUUUUAGACUAAAGGGGAAACAGCUGCAUCUCUGUGAGGAAUAUUAUAGCAUUGCUGCCUAAUCAAUAAAAGUGAAUCAUUAAUGCCUUUGACUACACGUUAACCUUGUGUCAUGUGCCUCUACAGCACUUGUUCAGAUCUGCACCAGGAGACAAUUUUGCCCACGUGUUGGUUUUUAUUGUGCUUUAUUUUGUCAGAUUCUGUACUAGAUGUUAAGUGGAUGUUUGCUGCUGCUGUAAGCACUACAAUAGAUUUAAAGGAUAAGAUAUAGAGACAGAAACGUAAUGGGGAAUAAAUGCUGAUUUUUGAUCCAACAGUCUA